AUGAAGAUUCCUUGUCCACAUGCAUGUGCUGCUGCUCAAGAACGAAAUAUUAGCAUGUACGCAUUGUGCUCUGAAUAUUACACAAGAGAGAAUUGGAAGAGCACAUAUGAGGGGACAAUUAUGCCAGUUGGUGUUGAGGAUGAUUGGGAAUUUCCUGAAGACAUUAAGAACAUCCAAGUUGGAGUACCGAUUGAGAAGAAACCUGUAGGCCGACCAAAGAAGCAAAAGGUCGGACGAAUUAGGAAAAAUCGAUAUCCUUCAAAUGGAGACAAAGUUGUGAUACAACGAUGUUGUAGCAAGUGUGGUGGUAAAGGGCACAACAAAGAGUCUAGCAAGUACCGAGGUUAA